UACCACGCUGCUGUGCGCCCGAAGCUGCUCGUCGUGCACUACCGGUCCCAAAAGCUUCAAAGUCCAACAAGAUGGCAACGCUCAAGGACCAGCUGAUUGUGAAUCUCCUUAAGGAAGAACAGGCCCCCCAGAACAAGAUUACGGUUGUUGGGGUUGGUGCUGUUGGCAUGGCUUGUGCCAUCAGUAUCCUAAUGAAGGACUUGGCGGAUGAGCUUGCCCUUGUUGAUGUCAUGGAAGACAAACUGAAGGGAGAGAUGAUGAAUCUUCAGCACGGCAGCCUUUUCCUUAGAACACCGAAAAUUGUCUCUAGCAAAGACUAUAGCUUGACUGCCAACUCCAAGCUGGUCAUCAUCACCGCGGGGGCCCGUCAGCAGAAGGGAGAGAGUCGACUCAAUCUGGUCCAACGAAAUGUGAACAUCUUCAAGUUCAUCAUUCCCAACGUUGUCAAGUACAGUUCAAACUGCAAGCUGCUCAUUGUUUCCAACCCAGUGGACAUCUUGACCUACGUGGCCUGGAAAAUUAGUGGCUUUCCCAAAAACCGAGUCAUCAGGAGUGGUUGCAAUCUGGAUUCAGCUCGUUUCCGUUACCUGAUGGGAGAAAGGCUGGGUGUUCACCCACUAAGCUGUCAUGGCUGGGUCCUGGGGGAGCACGGGGACUCCAGUGUGCCUGUGUGGAGUGGUGUGAAUGUCGCUGGUGUCUCCCUGAAGAAUCUGAACCCAGAUCUGGGCUCCGAUGCAGACAAGGAGCAGUGGAAGGAGGUUCACAAGCAGGUGGUUGACAGCGCCUAUGAGGUGAUCAAGCUGAAAGGUUAUACCGUCCUGGGCCAUUGGCCUCUCUGUGGCUGACUUGGCAGAGAGCAUAAUGAAGAAUCUGAGGCGGGUGCACCCCAUUUCCACCAUGAUUAAGGGUCUCUAUGGAAUCAAGGAUGAUGUCUUCCUCAGUGUCCCCUGUGUCCUGGGACAAAAUGGAAUCUCCGAUGUUGUGAAGGUGACUCUGACUUCUGAAGAGGAGGCCCGCUUGAAGAAGAGU